GCAGCGGACCCGGCGGUGCAGAUCGAGGGCAACCCCCACUGCUGCUUCUUCAACUUCAGCCCCAAGAUCAUGUUCACCAAGGUGGUGAAGGCUCAGCUCUGGGUCUACCUCCGGCCCGUCCAGCACACGGCCACCGUUUACCUGCAGAUCCUGAGGCUGAAGCCGGUGACGGAGGAAGGAAGUCGCCACAUCCGCAUCCGUUCCCUCAAAAUCGACCUCAAUUCCCGGCUGGGCCACUGGCAGAGCAUCGACUUCAAGCACGUGCUGCAGAACUGGUUCAAGCAGCCCCAAAACAAUUGGGGUAUCGAGAUCAACGCCUUCGACCCCAACGGCAACGAUUUGGCUGUCACCUCCCUGGGACCCGGGGCUGAAGGGCUGCACCCUUUCAUGGAGCUGCGGGUGCUGGAGAACAACAAACGCUCCCGGAGGAACCUGGGUCUGGACUGCGACGAGCACUCGACCGAAUCGCGCUGCUGCCGCUACCCCCUGACCGUCGACUUCGAGGCCUUCGGGUGGGACUGGAUCAUCGCCCCCAAGAGAUACAAAGCCAACUACUGCUCGGGGCAGUGCGAGUACAUGUUCAUGCAGAAGUACCCCCACACCCACCUGGUGCAGCAGGCCAACCCCCGGGGCUCGGCGGGGCCCUGCUGCACCCCCACCAAGAUGUCCCCCAUCAACAUGCUCUACUUCAACGACAAGCAGCAGAUCAUCUACGGCAAGAUCCCUGGCAUGGUGGUGGACAGAUGUGGCUGCUCGUAGAGCCCGGCCGGUGCCACCCCCCCUGCACCCCCCUCCCCCGCCGCCAGCACGACCCUUCUUUUUUUUUUCUUUUUUUUUUUCUUUUUUUUUGGUUGCUUUUUCAUUUUUUUUUUAAUUAUUAUUAUUAUUUGUUGGUUUUCCCAAACAAAUCACGACAAAGACCAAGCGUUGGAAUCCCCCACGGCCAUCGGGGAAAGACAGAGAGAGAGAGAGAGAGAGAGAGAGGGGAGGGGGGGUGCUCAAAAAAAAAAAAAAAAAAAAAAAGAAAAAAAGAAAAUCCCACGGAGAAAACCUGCACCGCCCCCACGCUUCCACACGCAUUGUG